CUUCCUGUUUCUGCCAGCUGGGCUCGCUACAACAACAAUAACUGCCAGCAACACAUUGAGUUGUAUCACCGAGUUAAGGGAACAAGUCCCCAGGUACGGAAGGAAGAAGUCCAGAAAACUUGAUGGUAGAAUUGUGGUGACCCAGAAUGGAGGACUUCAGGAGGACAUACGUGCGUCUGUGUAAGGAGGGAGGCCUGGAGCCUCAGGAGAGUAUUGUGGCUCAGCUCCAGGAUAGCAGUGCUGCUCAGGGCUCCAGACUGGACCUCAGUGGACAGAGUCUCUCUGCAGAUACCUGCUCUGUGCUGGCCAGGGCCUUCCAGAAACACACUGUCUUCACAGAGGUGUUGCUCAGUGACUGCAUGCUCAGCGAGGAAGGUGCCAAGAUACUCCUGACUGGAAUGUUUGGCAACACAACAGUAAAAGUCCUCAGUCUAAAGGGUAAUAAUCUGAGGUCAACAGGAGCUGAGAUGUUGGGAAAGUUGUUGGCACAUAACAAGACUCUGCGUCGCCUGGUGUUGGAGUGGAAUGCACUUGGGGUGUGGGAUGAAGCCUUCUCACUCUUCUGCGAUGGUUUGGCCUCCAACACGUCGCUGACACAGCUGGACCUGCGCAACAACCAGAUCAACCACCAUGGAGCAUCUGAGCUCGCUCUGGCACUCAAAUGCAACCACACCCUGGAAGUGUUAGAUCUAAGGUGGAACAACAUUGGUCUGCUGGGUGGCAGGUCCCUGCUCGAUGCUCUUCAGAAAAACAAGAGCAUAGUGCAGCUGGAGAUGGCAGGGAACAAUAUACCCAGUGAUACACUUAAAGCUCUUGAGCAGACUAUAGGGCACAACUCAGACACACAGUCCACUCUGAGAGAGAGCCGCAGCAGGACCCAGGUCCUCAGCAAAGAGAUUCAAACACUGAAGGAGGAGAAGGGCCGACAGUUCCUAAGCUUGAUGGACACCAUCGACAGGCAGAAGGAGGAGAUGGGGCGCUCCAGUCGGUCAACUUUCAUCCAGAUUGGUCAACUCCAGGAAGCUCUGAAUGAGAGAAAGUCAGCUGUCAACUCUCUCACUGCAAAGUUGCAGAUGACAGAAGCUGCUCUCGCCCUCUCUGAGCAGAAAAACCAUAAUAUGGGAGAACUACUGUCUCGAGUGAAGGCUGAGAAAGAAGAACAAAGAGAACGACAGAGCAGAGAGAGGAAGAAAGACCAAGAGGACGGAGCACUCAGAGAGGGAAAGCUCCUCAGAGAGAUCCAGAACCUGACAGAAACCAGUGGCCAAUUUAGGACAAAAGUGGAGGAGAUGGAACGCAGGUGUAAGUCUCAGCAGCAGCAGAUCUUUGAGCUGAAGCAAGAGCUGACCAACUGCACAGCUGAAUUCAAGCUUCGACUAACACAGGCAGAAGACCGCCUGGAAAUAGAGAAGCGAAGGUCCAAACAGGCCCUGGAGGACAUGGACAGUCUCCGGCAGAAAGAGGUGGAUCAUGUUAAUCGUCAUCUCGAAGAGAGUGAGAGAGCUCUGCAAGACCGCAUCUUCAAACUGGAGGGACAGCGGAUUCAACUGGAGGAGGAGCUGAGUAAAGCUAAAGCAGCAUGUGUGACAGAGAGGGCCCAGGCAGAGGAGGAGCUGGGAAGAGUGAGAGCUCAAGUACGCCUGGAGGAGGAGUUGUCGGGGAAAGACCAGGAGAAGGUGGCCGAGGUGAGCCGGGUGAGGGUGGAGUUGCAGGAGCAGAUCGGACAUUUACAGGCAGAGAGGACAGCACAGGGAGGACUGAAAGAAAAGAUCAAUGCUCUGGAGAGAGAGCUUAAAGUACUGAGCAGUAACCACAGAGAGGCGCUUCUUGACAAAGACAGUGAGAUGUCUUCCAUGCUGGAGAAGCUGCGGCUGAAAGAGGCAGAGAUCCAGAGGAUGAGGGAGGACGAGGCCAAUAGAGCCAGCUACCUGCAAAGUGCAAUCCUCACCUACGUUCAGGGCUCCCCUCUGGGACACUACAGCAGCCCCAAGAAAUGACCAAGAUACCUCCACCUCAUGUCAGCGGUAACCUCUGAGCUCCAGCGCUGGUGGAACAUGUCAUGAUUUCCUGGACUUAAAGAGUUUAGAAAAAACAGCAACGCCUGGAGUGUAAGAACAGUAUAAUGGAGCAGACAAUCAAUGCUUGGCAAUAAUCAUACCGACAGCAUGAUGUCACAUUGAGCACAUCCAGUCAAGAACUGAAAGUUUAAAAAUUCUCCAACCUCAUGAGAGCUUUUUAGUUUGGUCUCUGUCCUGUUAUGCUGCAUUUUUCUUUAUUGCUACAUUGCCUAAAUACAACUUUAGUCCCAGCACAGGCACUUAGGUAACAGUAAGAAGUACUCAUCUACGAGUAACUUAAUCAGGUUUCAAAUGAGUUUGUCUCAGUAAAGAUGGCAGUACUGCUCAGUCGAAAUAUAAUCAACAUUCACCAGAAGCCUUAGUCUUAUUUGUAUCUGUUGUAAUAACACUGUAUUUGCUUGAAAUAGUCUCACAUUGCCAGCAGUUCUGUAGAACAGAUGUAUGUUUUUGUUUCUUUCAACCAAUCUCAACCAUACUGGGUGGAUGGGGGAAUUGGUUUGGUGGAACAUUUGCAUGCAGGAAGCAAGCAGUAUAAUUAUAAUGGAUAAUUUAACAAAAAAUCCUCGCAGGGCUGUCUUAGUGCAUGAUCCAAAUCUUCUUUAAAACUAAAAAUUUUCAGUGUAGGAGGUUGCCGGGGGUUGCAGAGAUUGUUGUUGCUGUUUCCAGCAUUGAACUGGAUUUUGAAAACAGUAGAUGUAAAUAGUAGUAGGGGAGGAGAAAGCCAGCCAUGUGAAAUGCACAACCACUGGCAGGCUUUUACCUGCAGCCUACAUCAGGUCAAACACACUGUUGCUUAAGUAACAGCUGAGAUCUGGGAACACUGUGAUAUCACUGUGAAGAAGUCUGACAGAUCAUAUAAGACAUGCAGUCAGGUAUUCAGCUCAUCCAGAUGAUCUACAACACUUCAUUUCCUGGUGAGUUCAUCUGAAAUAUUAAUAACAACUGCUCAUUGACAACGUUGAAGCAGGAAGUGUCUGUGUGAAUUGUGGUGAAUGUUUUACAUUCAGUUAGGGUAAUACCUUUACUCUUCACCUAAUGCCACAAUUACACUUUGCGAAAGAUGUCUGAAACAACUUUGCAGACCUAUGCAAAGUAGCCUCCUAUGGGUUACUGUAUGUCACAGAGGCUCCCAGAGGAGCUGACACACACACCUCCCAAAUCCAGUCCACCAAGCUAAAUGGUUAAUUCUGCUCCUGUUAAAAUGCAAGUUCAAGUCUGACAUGAAUACAUUUUUAAACUGACUAGAGUAUUAAAGAAACCACCACGUAAACGUAUCCCAGUCACCCUGUGAACACUUUCCUGCAUUGAUCUCAGUGAAGUGUAAGCCUUUGGAUGUCUUUCAGUUGAGUCUGCAUACUCUGGUCCCAGGGCCACACCACUGCCUCAACCUGUUUUGUUUAGUAAUUCAGUAAAGUCUGGUUCUCUGACAAACAGUUAAUUAAUCAGAUGAAAAAUGACAAGGUCAAAUUCCUACACUGUUAGCCAGCUCUAUAGCUAAAUCAAUGAUAAAACAACAAGAGCAAUGUGCACAAAACUUAUAACAGUUGUGGAUGAGACUGAUGCCCUUGUCCACCCUGAACGUGACAUAUUUUGUUGAUUGUUGUAGAAAACAGCUUCUUCUGUAUGAGCUUUACUGAUCCAUCACUUGCUAUUGAUUGGUUAGGGCAAAUCAUAACAGAAUACUACAGUGUCAUGAACUAAAUUCCAUCAAUCCAACCAACCAUCCAACAGCAACUCUGCAGUUUUUUUUUAACUUAAUGUUUACAAACAUGUUUUGUGUUAACAAUGUGUUCAAAUAUGAUAAAUAUGAAACAGACAAACACAAAACACAGCACGUCACAAAAGUGUCCUUUUCAGCCCUCGAAACGCUGUUUAAGAGCUUGUAAAACAGCAACACUAGUUUUUCAAACUCAAUGUUUGACACGGUUUGGGUUCACAAGAUGUUCAAAUCUGAUACUUGUUCGCUGUGUAUAGCAUUGCAGAAAGAUUUAGACAUUUUGGAAAGAGGUCAGAGCUACAUGCGAGAGGAUCUUUUCAAAAAGAAUUCCACUUGACCCUAAUUUGUUUUUUUAUCGGUAUCUAUCCAAAUAAGCAUAAUUACAACAAACAUUACCUGAUGCUGAUGAACCUCAGCUACGUAACUACUAAAAUAUUCUGGAAAAAAACUGUCAGACUAAAUAUCACAGAUUGGAUAACACACAUGAUGACAAAUCUUCCAUUUGAGAGAAUUGCAUAUACACUCAGGGACAGGCAUGAACAGUAUGGGGAGGUUUGGGGACCCUUUGUAAAAUAUGUGGAGGUCAUGAAUUUGACAGAGUCAAGCUGACGAGCAGUUUGUUUGUUGAUGUGUUAUAUUUUCCAUUGUGGUUGGGGUUUUUUGUUGUUGUUUUUUGUCUGUUCUUUUUUGUAAAUAAGUGUGAAUAUUGAAAUAAAGAUAUUGUUAUAGUUA